UGUAAACAAAUACAAACAACUGCAAAUUGUGAAAAAAAUCUCAAACAUUUGUUUAAAUAUUAUUUACAAAUUACUGCUGAUGUUUACUAAAUGGAAUUUUGUGAAAAAAUGCAUUAUUUUUAUUUAAAACUUUGUGAUAUCGUUAAGUCUACAAUAAAAUAAAUUAGAUCAAAACAAUCAAAGAGGUUAGGUUUUUAUAAAUAAGAAAAUUUUCCACAUAAUUUUAUAAUAGAAUAAUUCACCAUGAAGACACUAUUAAUAUUCAUUCCAAGCCAAUUGUAUAAAGAAAAACCGGGACAAAUGAUCGGCAAAAUUGUUUAUGAUGAGAUAAACGAUGUCAAGAAAUUCUACAUAAUUGGAAGAAAAACGAGUUUACAAAUAAAAAAUAAAACUGAAAUAAUAGGAUAUUAUUUUGGAACUUGUGUAAAUAAUGAAUGGUCCGAUAAAAAAUAUUCAAAUUGGAUAAAUUUGUACGUCAAAUCUGCAAGUGAUGAUAAUCAACAGAAUUAUGAUUAUUGUUUAAAAAAUAUUUUUAUUAACGGUACAAAUAUUUCUCCAAUAACUUGUCACGUUAUGAUAAUUAUAUACGAUCAAUUAUCACUUAUUAAAUCAGAACUUUUUGUUAGUUCAACGACGAAAGAUCAUUUUAUUGAAUUACAACAAUUAUUGAAGAAAAAAGAGAAUCAAAAUGAAAUUAGAAAAAAAACAAUGAUUGAUUGUACACGAGAAUUUAUAUUAACGAAUUUUGCACUUGUUUUGUUUUAUCCAAUUUUGUUUCUUUGUACUGUGAGUAAAUUUCUAUUGCCAAUUUUCAAAUACUCAACACUCGGUUUACAUUGGAAUGGUUGGUUGCAAAAUUUUAAUUGGAUGUUAAAUUCAAUUAUUCACAAGAAGCGAAUUACGAUAAAAACGGGGAAUUAUAUUUUAGCAAUGAUCGUUGAUAUGAUUUUAGGAAUUCUUAUGUUGAGAUUUAUUUUAAUCAGUAUUGAGGAUGUUGCUCCGUCUUCAGUAAUGUUGACUAAUGCUGAUAAAGUCGUCGUGACAUUGAAACAAUUGAUUAACUGGUUAAUGGGAUCACCAGCUGGACUGAAAUUAAAUUCUUGUUUUAAUGAAGUACUGGGCAAAUUUUUUUUAUAUCAUAUUCAUCUUUGGUGGACAUUUCUUACUAUUACUAAACCAGUGAUGGAUUUUGCCUUUGAAGUUGUAUUGUUAUUUGGUCGUUUGGGUUUAACUUUUCAAAUUGCAAUAAUUGCCGAUCUUUUAGCACUUCUUAGCUUUCAUUCAUAUUGCAUUUAUGUUUAUGCAGCAAGAUUAUUUAAUAUUCAACUAAGAGGUCUAACAUCAUUGUUUCGUCUAUUUUUGGGAAAGAAAAAAAAUCCACUUAGAGAAAGAGUUGAUUCAUGUGAAUAUCAACCAGAUCAACUUUUUUUGGGAACUUUACUUUUUACGAUUCUUCUCUUUCUUAUUCCAACUACUUGGGUUUAUUAUUCUGUUUUUACAACGCUACGAUUAAUAAUGAUUGGACUUGGAGGCACAUUAAUAAGACUAAAAUUUUAUCUACAAGUUAUACCAAUUUAUACUUUUGUUAAUUGGAUUUUUCGUGUUGAUAGCGUAAGCAGCAGUAUAAAUAUAAAUUUGCACAAAAAAUCAAACAAGGAACCAAUAACAUUAAUUUCAAAAAUGGUUGUUUCCUCUUGGAAUAAAACGUGGAAACAAUGUAUUCCUGAUACGAUAAAAUUUUAUCCCUCCAUUGAAUGGAAUAAAAUUGUGAAUAAUAUAAUUUGCGGAGAAUUGAUAUAUCCUUUGUGAAAUUAAAAAGAUUCUACCUAUUUAUGUACAUAUAUAUAUAUAUAUUUGUAAAAUAAAAAGUAAAUUGGUAACUA